AAAGCGUUUCUGUUCACGUGACUUGCUACGUCAUGUGGAGGCACGCUAACCAACAUGGUCGCUAUCCUGUUAAGAAAUCUCGAUUAACCGUUACAACCCUUUAAAUCUUCUUUUAAAUAUCGUCACCUGGUCAACACCAUGCCGAAACGCCAACAACACAACGACAGCUGUUUGGGAUACGAGGUGGUGUUUACGGAAGACAACAAAUCAACACCAUGUUGCCCACAUGGGCCAACAUUGUUAUUCGAGAAAACUCGCAACGACGGCGAGAGAAGGAGGAGGUUUUUCGCGUGUUCGGCUUGCAGAGACCGAAAAGACUGCAACUUUUUCCAGUGGGAAGAUGAAAAGGUCUCCAAAGCCAGGGUGCUGGCCAGAGAAGCGGAGAACAGGUUGAAGAGGCCUCCGUUUAGCCAGCAGCAGUGCAUUGCAAGGUUCAGACAGUUUAUAUCCCUCCCGAUGGACCAAAAGAAGUUCUGUGGGGAUUGUCAGACACUCCUCCUCCCUCAGGAACACUCGGCACAUGCCUGCCACUCUUGCUCGUCCGUCUCUGUCUCCGAGCUGCGGAGGCCGAGCAUGCUUCUACGGCCUCUCGUUGACAAGAAGAGCAACGCCCAGUAUCUCUUCACAGAGCGCACCUCCCGCUUCUUGCUGGAAACCCUGCUUGGUAUGGGGUACCACAAGGUGCUUUGUGUGGGCACUCCAAGCCUACACGAGUUGAUAAAACUUGAAAAACUGGAAACCCCUGAAUCUACGCCAAUGAAGAGCCUUCUUCUGGAUAUCGACUUCAGAUAUGCCCAGUUUUACAGCCAGGAUGAGUUCUGUCAUUACAACAUGUUCAACCACCACUUCUUUGAUAGCGAGGCCUCAAGUGCAGAGCUCCAGACCUUCCUUCGAGAGGGCGACGGGGAGAAGGUGGUGAUGGUCGCCGACCCUCCCUUUGGAGGCCUGGUGAGACCUCUGGCUAACAGCUUCUCCUUGAUGUCGCGGACGUGGAGAACCCUGCAGAAGACUUUGACAGAGUGCAAUACGGACAUGCCCAUGAUAUGGAUUUUUCCAUAUUUCUUUGAACCUCGCAUCGUGGAGUGUUUCCCUACGUUUAGCAUGCUGGACUACCAGGUGGACUAUGACAACCACUCUUUAUACAAGCACGGCAAGACAGGAAGGAAGCAGUCUCCUGUUCGAUUGUUUACCAACAUCAAUCCCUCACUUUUUGUCCUUCCAAAGGAAGAAAGUUACAGGUUUUGUGCCAUUUGCAAGCGCUACGUCUCCUCCCUCAACAAGCACUGUGCUAAAUGCAAAGUCUGCCCCUCCAAGGAUGGUCGUGAAUGGAGACACUGCUCGCUCUGCGAGAAAUGCGUGAAACCAUCAUGGCGACACUGUGAAUCGUGCGGCCACUGUGCCCUCCCAGACCACCCUUGUGGCAAGUCAAGUCCGGGGAAGAUGGGCUGCUUCAACUGUGCCAGCAUGGACCACAAACGCAACGCUUGCCCUCUAAAGCGCAACCGCAGUUCCAAGAGAAGGGGCAAGAAGAACCUGUCAGCCACGUGUCGUCCAAACAAAAGUAAGAAGACGACAAUCAAGCAAGCGGUUUUGAAAUAACCAUUAUCAUUACCUGAAGAACACAUAAGAAAUAAACACUUGCAUUUAUGUUUUUGACCACUGGUGGGUAGUGCAAAAUCUAAAA